AUGGGCAUCAGUAUGAUACACGCCAGUCAGAGGUCGCGUUUCGUCGGACGCGCGGCGCGGGGGCGCGCGGCAAGCGGGAGGCGGUUGGGCUGCAGGCGAGCCGGCCGAGAUACCGCGCGCACAGCUGCCACUUUGAUAGGCGAAAGCGAUCACUGCGGAGGCAGGCUGCAAGUAUACGAGCUAUCAAAGUCAGCCAACCCAGAGUCUGCGGCCUACGAGCGGACCAUCACGGUGCGGGUGUGGGCGCCACCCGCGUUCGCCGACACCGCGGAGCCCGCAGUGGUGUAUCUGAACGACGGCCAGAACCUCUUUGACGGGGCGGCCUCCUUCUCCGGCGACAGCUGGGAGGCCGCCCGCGCCGCCCUGUCCGUCGCGGGCGGGCGUCUGGCCACGCCCGCGAUCGUGGGCAUCGACCACGCCGGCGCGGACCGGUCGCUGUUUUACUGCCCCUACGAGCCCGGCGUCGGGGACCUCGGCGAUCCCGCCGGGGCGCCCAUGCGCCCCGACGCCCGCGGCUACCCUGGCGGCGAGGCGGUGUCCUACUGCCACCGCGUCCGGCACGAAAUACUCCCCUUCGCGGAGACCCGCCUCGGCGUCGCCCCGGCGACGCGCGUCUUCGGGGGCUCCUCCUUCGGCGGCAUCUGCGCGUUGGUGAUGGGCAUGCAGCACCCGGAUGCGUUUGACGCCAUUUUGGUCGAGUCCCCCUCCCUGUGGAUCGCACGUGGACGGUUCCUGGAGGACGUCGUGCGGCACGACGGGGCGUGGCCGGACAGGGUGUACGUCGGGAUGGGCGCGAGGGAGUACGGCGGCGACGGCGUGCUCGACAGAUACCUUGUGCAGACCUUCCAGAGGCUCGUGGACGGCGUUGGGCUGCAGGGGCUGGGCAGGGACAGGCUGCUGGCGGUGCUCGAGCAGAACGCUGCACACACUGGCAAGUCGCCUUCAGGUCAGGCGACAGGGGGCACGGCCGCGGACCCCGCUGCCGUGCUGGAUCCGGGUUUUUUCGACGAAGAUUUCGACGCAGCAGGCCAUGUGCUCUCCCACCUCCCAAAGUCCGGCUCCCUGGUCAGCGCCGUCGACAGCGAGACGGCCACGCUGGGGGCUGUCCUGGACUCCGUGGGGGAAAAGCUCGCCCAGGAGGUCAUGGCCAACUACCACGGCUUCGUCGAGGGCGUCCAGGAAGUCUCCGACGUCAACAGCAUCCUCCAGGUGGCCCAGGUGAUCGCGCGCAACUGCCGGCGCACCCUCGCGGCCGCAGAGCAAUCCGUGUCGCGCGACCUCCGGGUUUCCGCGCGAUGCGUCCAGAAGGGCCGCCUGCUCGACCUGCUGCGCCUCCUCACGGAUCUCCGCGCCGCCGUCGAGCUCUCCUCCGAAGCGCAGCGCGCCCGCGAGGCCGGCUCGUACGCCGAGGCCGCGUCCCGUGCCGCGCUGUGUGCGGCGCAACUCUCGGAGCUGCACGGGGUGCAGGUCGCGAGCGCGCUGCAGGAGGAGAUCGAGGCCGAGGCGCAGCACGUUGUCGAGGACGUCGGCGCUUCCCUGUACGCCCUCUGCAGCCGCUUCGACGCGGCGCCGUACGCACGCGUCCUCCAGGCGUGCCUCGCGGCGCGCACGGACCUCCAGGAGCUCGGCGACCGCGUCCACGACGCGUUCGUACGCGCGAUCGCGGACCGCAUGCUCUCCGCGUGCCGCGCGUUCGCGAUGGCCGGCCCUGCGGGCUCCGCAGGGGGACCCACGAGCCCCGGCCCCGCGUUCCGCGUCGUCGGCGGCCAGGACCCCGUGCAGGGCGGCGCCGGCCCGGCAAAGACGGCGUCGUCCGCGCUUGAGCGGUACCGCGAGGCGCAGGAGGCGCAGGCGCCGGAGGGGGACCGCCGCGGCUCCGCUGACCUUGCCACGGCGCCCUCGGUCGGGUCCGCGGCGGAGGUCGGGCCGCCGGUGCAGGCGCUGGAGGAUCUGUGCCGGACGCUGCCGGCGGAGCGCGCGGGAGAGUGCGUGGCGCGGUGUCUGGAAGUCGGGUUCGACAUUCUGUUGGCGCAUCAUGCGAUGCUGUCUUGGCACGACGAGGAGGACAGGAGGCUGCAGGCGCGCGAAGCGGCGAUACGAGGGGACGCCGACGGGCUCGCGGCGCCUCUCGAGGGGUGGGAGGCUGCCUGGGCGGGCGACGGCGGCGCGGGGGGCGCCACGGAGUUGUCGCGGGCGCUGCACGGCCGGGCGCUCGCCGGCGCGGUGCGGCGGCGGCUCAAGGACGGCCGGCGCGCGGUGUGGGACCAGUUCGUGCGGCGGGCGCUCGUGCUGCUUUCGACGGCGACGCACGCCCGCGACGGCUCCCUUCUGCAGCUGCUGCAGUGGUCCCAUGUGUUGGUGGUGGCUGGCGAGUCCUUCCUCGGGGGAGAGGCGGCGGCGCUGCGGGGGCACCUGGUCGGGAUCCACAGCCGCGCGCUGGCGGGGUUCCGCGCCGCGCAGAUCGAGCGGUUGUGUCGAGCGGUGGAGGCAGAUACGUGGCAGGCCUUGUGUCGCAAGGACGACUUGGUGGGGUCGUGCGACUUGCCGGGGCGCGCGUCGCUGGUCGUGGCAUCGCUGUCGCAUCUGGAGCCGUAUGCGGUGGCUCGGGGGUACGGCGCGGGGCGCGUGCCCGCGGAGAGGGCGGCGGCGGCGAAGGCGCUGGCGGCGACCUGGUGGGCGCAGGUGCGGGCUGCGCGCGGCGGGGCGGGGGUCGCGAUGCGCGUGCUGUGCCCGCGCAACCCGUUCAAGGACGGCGAGCUGCCCGCAGCGGCGAAGGACUGCCUCCUGGAGGCCGGCUCGCUGCCGGACAGCGCUGCGGCCGAGGUGGCACGGCACACCCCCCCUCCUGCACCGGAGGACCCUGACCGCGCGAUCGCAAACGACGGCGCGCAGCCGAGUGACGACGAUGCGGCUGCUGGCGAUGCGCAAGAGGGGCCUGAAAGAAGUGCGGAAAGCCCUGAAAACGGGACCGCUGCCAGCAACGUCGCGGACGGCGGCGCUGUGUCUGCGGAGGGCGACGGCGAGCGCGACAGCGAUGCAUUCACGGGGUCGUCGAUGCAGGCGCUGGGGCUCAUGGGCACGUACACGGAGCUCGUCGCGCUCGCGAUGGCUCCCCGCAACGAGAUCCUGUCCAGCCUGACUCAGGCGUUCGAAGUGCUCCUAUACUGCACGUUCCGCACAUUCGGGGACCUCGGCGCGCUGCACGAGUCGUACCGUGGCCCAGCCGCGCUGACGACGCGGCUCCGGCUGGUGCUCUCGCGCGUGCACGGCGACCUGACGAGCAUGAAUGCUUCGAUCACGCGGAGGCCGGCGCCCGUCGUGCUGCCGCUCCACAACCCGCUGCACCACCCCGCAGGAGCCGCCGCUUCAGCGGGCGCCGCCAGAGCUCCCGCGCACGCCCCGCCGCCCGCGAGCGGGCAAGCGCCCCCGCGCACGUCCACCGGACAGGCCGCCGCUCCCGCCGUGGGUGUCAGCUGGCUGAAACGCGAUACCGCGGCGCACCCGGCGGCCAGUACCGAGGGCCAACAGAAGUCGACGCUGACGGACCGAUGGCGGCAGUGGAAGCAGUCGCGGGGUUGGGUGGGGAACCGCAGCAGCAAAGACCCCGCCGCGCCGCCGCACCCAUCCGACGGCGGCGUCGUCACUGCGAGGCGGUCGUCUGGAGUGCAGGAUGCCCGGGAGAUGGAGCGACGCUCGUCGCUCGGUUCCGCCGCGACCGUGGAGCAGCAACCGGCCCCUGCGCCGCGGCCAGGCGCCCCGAGCGAAGGCGGCACCGCCCCGCACGAGGCAGCGCCGCGAGCGCCGACCGCUGCAUCGACGCAGGACCACCAGCAGGGACCCGCGCUGUCGCGGCCGUCCGGGGGCGGCGUGCACAUGGGUCUGUCGGACACGCAGGCCAGCACGCUGCUCGCCUCCGGGAACCUCGCGGGGCUCAACGAGCGGCUCGUGGCCACCAAGGUGCUCCGCAGCACGAGCGCGCAGGUGCGGGCAGCGCUGCCCUGGCUCGCGCGGCUCGCCAUCCAGGAGUCCCCCGGGGGCCACAGUCAGCUCCAGAACCUCCACGACGCGCUGGCGGCGACGGGCGACCUCAGCGACCACAUGCUCCGCCUGGUCGCGCACCUGCUCGCGCCGCUGACGUGGCUCCCGAACCGCAUCGCGGGCGCGGCGGCGUACGCGGCGGGUGGUGCUGGUGCGCAGAGCGGGGCGGCGCUGGCGCCAGCACCGGGCGGCGGGGCCGCGCCGGGGCCGGCGGACCACAGCCCGUGGGUCGACGAAGUUCUGGGCGAGGUUCGGCAGUUCCAGGGCCUGCUCUCCGUCGCGGACGAGAUCGCUGGCGGGGCUCUCUCGGUGUUGUGGUCGGGGCUGGCCGACUCGCUCUCCCGCGCGGUCCUUGACGGUCUGGCGCUGGUCCGACGGUGUACGAUUGAAGGGCGUGCGCGCAUGGGCCUCGACAUCCAGGCCCUGUCUGCCGGCCUGGCAGGGCUCGCAGGCCCAGACCAUCCGGCGGUGGCAGCCUCCGCUCUGGAAGCUGCAGGGGACUACGUCCGUGGUUUCUACCUCCCCCUGGAAGAGAUAGUUGGCUGGCUGGACACGCGGCCGGAGUUCACCCCCGGACAAGUCGUUGCGCUGGCGUUGCUCGCCGCGGACGCGACCGGAGUGAAGCGGAGACGUGUGCGCGAGUUGGUGGAGGCGGUGCGGCCGUCGGCCGUCGAUCUGAUCCCUUGA